AUGGUUCAAUUAUAUAUUAGACAAAAAAUUUUUUCAGCUUCGGAUAAAUACAAGAUUUAUGAUGAGUAUCAAAGAGUGGUUUUUCAAUGUAAAUCAAAGAUAUUAUCGUGGGGAAGUAAAAUUAAAAUGUAUGAUGCAAGUGGUGAAAAUUUAAUUUAUUAUAUAAAGGAAAAAAUUAGAUUUUCAUUUUAUAGAAAGUAUUAUAUUUACGAUAAUGUUGGCAACGAAAUAUGCUGUAUUAAACAAGAUGCAUUGAUUAAACCAAAGUUAGUUAUAAAAAUGUCUGAUGGAAGUGACGAGUUUGAUAUCAAGGGUAAUUGGUUGGCUUACGAGUUUUCAAUUUUAAACGAUAAAUUACAAAUUGGUAGUGUUAGGAAGAAGGUUCUCUCUUGGGCCGAUACCUAUAAUUUAGAUAUAAAUGAUUCUUUUAAUCCUGCCUUAUUUGCCGCUUUUGUUAUUGUGGUUGAUACAUGUUAUCAUAAUAAUAAUAAUAAUAAUUAA